GAAAACACGAUUUUAGGCAAAUUUAUAAUAGUAUAUCUCAAAGAUUGGUUACUCGUGACAUUAGCUUUUUAUGUUUUAUUUAACUUAACUGAAUUAUUAUUUAUAUGCACGAAAAAUGUCGGACAUCACAAAAAAUCUGCUAUCCAUCUACUAUGGAUUUAGUAAGGAAGUUGACGCUGCUAAAACAUUAUCUGUGCAUGAUUGUGCUAAUGUGUUAAGUGAUGAUACGAAUAUUUCACUUGUUGACGAAGCAUUGGAAAAUAAGGAUCAAAUUUCAACAAAAGAAAGCACGAAGGAAGAAGAUACGACUGAACACUACGAAGAUGGAUUUAGCACUAUGGACGAGAAAUCUUCAAUUGAUGAUGAAAAAGUAUUUGAAGAAGAUGAUCUCUUGACUGAAUAUGUCGACAUCUUCGAGUCACUUCAAGAACAAAAAGAUUCGAAUAACUUCAAAAAAGACUCUCAUUUUCAUGAGUUUAAUGUUGAAAAACUAAAUAAUCAAGAACAUUUUAAUACAGAAAAUUUGAUAGAAACAAGUUCAUAUCCUGAAAAAUUAAAUGAAGAACAAAUGCAAUAUAAAAACUCAAGUUCUUGUGUAAGAUUUUCGCCUAAGAAGCGUGCUUCUUGUAACGGAAUUUUCUCCGACCUAAGGGGAUCAGGAAUUAGUCUUUUUCCAGAAGAUAUGUUUAUACAAUUCCCGAACUUAAAGAUGCUUUACUUGGAGGGAAACAGAUUGAAAGAACUUCCAGGCGCAAUUUUUAAAACUUUAACAUUUCUCCAAUGGUUAGAUGUGAGAAAAAAUCAAUUGACUUGCCUGCCCACAGAUAUUAAGUUCCAUCCAAAUCUUGAAACUAUUUUAAUUCAAAGAAAUAAAAUGCAAAGAUUGGGACUCGAACUUGGUACAUUGCCGAAAUUAAGAACACUUCAAACUGCACAAAAUCCUCUGAUUUAUCCAUCCACCGAAAUUUUAUCUCUCGGAUCUACUGAGAUUUUGAGGUAUCUACGUGAUGAAUGGAAUAAAAUCCAUCGUGAAGAACCAAUUAAAUUAUUAAAAGUUGCUGAAGAAAUUAUACCAAAGCGUUCCAUGAUAUUAUGUUAUCAACCAAAAACAAACAACAAGAAAAUGUUAAAAGUGAAGAAAAAAGGAUCUGCAUCUAAAGCACCAGAAAAAGAAUCAAUAAGAAAAAAAACGUGGAAUUACAAACCAAGCAAUAGAUACGACAGUUUUGAUGCAGAUGCGUCUUUAGAGGGUCGCCUAUUGUGGAUUGAAAAAGCAAAAGAAUUUUUAGAAAAAAGGGCUUCAGCAGUUCAAAAAAUACUAGACUGCUCCACUUUAAGAAAUUGGAGAUAUAAUUGUAGCAGUUUUGAUAAAAGUAUGGUUAAAGCAGCGAACCGAACCGAAGGAGACAUUCCUUUUGCUGUGGAUUCAAAUAGUAUUGCCAUUUCAAUGAAGCAAAAUCAGAAUAAGAAACCAGUCAAAAAAGGAACUGCAAGUAGAAUUCGAGCAUUCGAAGAACCAAUAAUUGAUAUAAAUAAGAAUAUUGACGAUAUUUUCGAGUCACUUGACAAACUAAAAGCAAAUACAGUCACAGAAAACUUAUCUCCAAAAACUGAGAAAAAAAGAUUGGAAUCUGAAAUAAAAAAGAUUAUAGAUUUACAAAACUCCAUUAAACAUCUCCAAAAACACAACGAUAUGUUCACAGCUCCAUCAGUUCCAUACGCUGAUAGAGAAAUUGGCCAAAAAUCUGAUGACUUUACUCCCUCCAUUAUAAUUUAAUGGACGAAAGGGUAAAAAGCUUUCAACUUUCUUAUGUAUGUCGGUUGUUUAUGUUUUGUCGGUUUUCCGGUCAUUUAUUUGAUAAAGUUAUAUAAUACGACGUUUCGUCCACUUUACAUAGGGCCUCAUUAGGUUAAUACAAUCCAAGAAAAAAAUCAGUAGUAAGCGAAGUUUCGUCACUGAGAUUCGAUUUUAAAAAAAUGUCAUUUGUAAUAAAAGUUGUGAGCUUCUUUAUAGAAUUCGUUGUUUAAAAUGGAAAAAUGUACAUAUUUCACCAUUUUCUAUAAUUUUAAAAAUCAAAAUUGCGAAAAUGUUAUUGCGAAUGUGUGUAUAUUCGUAUAUAGGAUGCAUCUGUCAGCGUACAAAUCCAAUCAAAAUUUCUCACCAACGGUUAGGAGAGAACAUAUAAUUUCUUACAUCUAUCUGUGCGUAAACUUUUUAAUGUUAUUGCUCGUGACAACUACCUUAAAUUGCAUUACCCUGAUCAAACCAUACAUAACGUGGGCGAAACGUCGUUAUGUUAUAUAAUGUUAUCAAAUACAUACCAGAAAACUGAAAAAACUACCAUAAUUAUUUACCAAAAAACCUGAUCGAAAACCAUAAGAGCUGAAAUUUAACUUGUAUUACUAAUUACGUAUAGUGGAAAAUCACAACAAAAUGCGCACAAAGUCUUCUUUAUUUUAUUGAAAAGUUUUUAUAUAUAAUAGUUAUGUACUGUUUUUAGAGUUCAGUCACAUAAACGCAGCGUAAAAGACAUACUCGUAUGACGAGAAGAGUGGAAAAACUAUCCAUAAGAAUAAUUAUUUUUAAAUGCAGUUUAAAAAAAGUACAUUUAGAAAAUAAUGUAAAACAUUUUUGUAGAACUCUAGAAUAAAUUAAACCAAUUAUCUCGACCAAUGUAAAACAAUUUUAAGAUAAAAGACAUUUUAAAAAGUAGUAAACCUAUACAUGUGUGUAUGUUUGUGUGAAGAAGCUGCAGAGUAUGUGCCCCAUUUUUUCGAUUUUUUCUUUUAAUACCGAGCAAGCCUCUUAGAAAUACUGUUUCAGAGGUACAACAUAUUCAGCAGUAAGAAAGCUGCAAUGAUUACAACAUUUAUCAAAUUUUUAUAAGUUUUAGGUCGAGAAUUUCAUACAACUGCUUUAUAAGGCUAAUUAUCAACUUGGUACUGUUGCCUGUAAUCUAAAUAAAAAAAUCAUUUUCGUA